AUUCGGUAAUUUAAGGACCAAACCAAGAAAACCUAAGAGUCCGAGGGGGCAAAGUGAAGAUUAAGCAACUACACAACGCCGUGAUUUUCGCAAUAAUUCAGAGCGGGCGGUUGUCCAUCGGAGAUUCGGACCAGUUUCUACAGCGUGGACGGAAUUUUGCGCUGCGCGGGCGCUGUAACCACCUCUCUCUCUCGCGUACCCAUCAUCACCCAAUCAACGGAAAUCAAUCGCCGUUGGAGGCGGCGGAGAUUUGUCUGAGAGCCUAAAAAAAGGAUGUCUUACGCCUACCUCUUCAAGUACAUCAUCAUCGGCGACACCGGGGUAGGGAAAUCAUGUCUUCUUCUGCAAUUCACGGACAAGCGUUUCCAGCCAGUCCAUGACUUGACAAUAGGUGUUGAGUUAGGGGCCAGGAUGAUUACGAUCGAGAACAAACCCGUUAAACUACAAAUAUGGGACACGGCAGGUCAAGAGUCCUUCAGAUCCAUCACAAGGUCAUAUUACAGAGGUGCUGCUGGUGCACUGCUUGUCUAUGAUAUUACCAGGAGGGAAACUUUUAAUCAUUUGGCUAGCUGGCUAGAAGAUGCAAGGCAGCAUGCAAAUGCAAACAUGUCGAUUAUGCUCAUUGGUAAUAAGUGUGAUCUUGCUCAUAGAAGGGCUGUGAGCACAGAGGAAGGUGAGCAGUUUGCGAAGGAGCAUGGAUUGAUCUUUAUGGAAGCAUCUGCAAAAACUGCACAGAACGUUGAGGAGGCAUUUAUCAAAACUGCUGCAACAAUAUACAAGAAGAUUCAGGAUGGAGUUGUUGAUGUAUCGAAUGAGGUCAGUUUCUUUUCCUUCUACUUGCUUUGUCCUACUGGUCCUGGUACUUCUUUUCUUUGGAGGACUAAAGUGCCAUCGGUAGAGUUUCAUCCCGUUGAUGCAGCAUUUAUGUUAUUGUACAUUGAGAAAUUGGUUUUUGUUGUGGUGUGUUCUUAUACAAAGAUCUGGGUAUGCUGGAUACUGCAUCAAGUAACAAGUUCAUUAAGGUGAAAGGCUGCAUGUGGAUUUUUCUAGGAUGAUUCUACGAGACCAUGCAAUGGAUUGUGAAAGUUAUGCCUGAUCAUUGAACUUCAAGUCUGAAACAUGGUCAACAAGUUUAUAAGUUUCCAUAUUACUUAUCAAAAAAUUUUUAUAAGUUUCCAUAUUAACUGAUUGAUAAUUCCGUCCUUAAUCUGUAUGGAUAACCUAUCUGUGCCCUUGUGGAGUAAAUGUGGGUAGUUCACUGAUAUACAAUACUGCUGCUAACAUACUGCUUACAACGACAUUGGGCUUGUGUGCAGUCAUAUGGAAUAAAAAUUGGGUACGGUGGAAUCUCUGGGCCUUCCGGGGUUAGAGAUGGCUCCUCUUCUCAUGGUGGAGGCUGCUGCAGCUGAGGCUUGGAGAUAUCUGUGCUGUAAAUGUAAUUAUCUGUGUUCUUUUUUCUGCUCAGCCCUAUUUGGUUUUUGCCCUGAAUGACGUUACCUGUGUGUAAAUGUCAUCCUUAGAUUUGCAAUACGUGCUUUUCCAAACUGGUUACACUCGUAUAGUCAUUGUUCUUGUCUAUUUGAUUGUAAAUCUGACCAAGAUGUUGUAUAUCUUCCACGAGCUGUGUUAAAUUCAAAUGUUAGAUUCAGAAAAUAGACGGAUCGUCUAUUAUUUC